AUGACACACCCCACUAUUGCUAUUAAAACUCAAGACAAUUCCACCAUAUAUGCCAAGAAGACCCUUUUACAUUCCCCCAUAUUCAAUAAUAUAUUUCCCCAUUUUUAUGUGUCACUUCAUAAAAGAAUAAGAAACAUAAGGAACUUAUCACUUCAGGACGAUGAUAUGCAAUACCUAGCUCUUCAGGAAGAAGACUCUCAAUUCGGAGUGUUCAGCGAUGACGAAAUGCUUUUUGACAUAGGUGAGUCCGAUACCAACGAUAUGACAGAAGAUAGAAGUUCUCAGAAACCACACAGGAACCUCAAGACAAUCUCCGUGAUAGUAAGAAACACAUCUUUGCUUGUGAAUGAGCAGGUAUUCCCAUUCAGUGCUCCAGUGAGGUCCUCAUGUUUAGUGAAGGGAAUAAGAAAUGAAACUGCCCAAGAAGAAGACUCCCUUUUAGUAUCUUUGAAGUCUGGGUUUUUGUUGCUCAUUCGAAUAUUCUAUGUGCCGUACAAUUUUGAUGACACAGAGUAUAAUGAAGACUUCAGUCGAUCUAGAAGAAGAAUGCUCUUCAAGCCAUUUGUGGUUCAGUGGUGGGAUGUUUCCAGUAAUCUUCUGGCCCCAUCACUUUUCACUUCUGGUUAUUCUUUAACUGCACAGUCCUCCGGCUUGUCAGUAGUUUCAACAUCAGCCUGUGGCGGUUUCCGCAUUUACAACUGUAACCACACUGAGAAUGGGGUGUUUUUUCAGAAUCAUGAGACGAUAGUGGUGAAUGGCUCUAUUCUUCAUUCCUGUUUUGCCCAACCAAUCAAGGGAAGUAUUCUAGAUAACCAUGUAAUGCUCUUGAUGAUGGUGUUGACUACGGAUAAUAGGUUGAACUUGAAUUUGUACGGAUGGUCCACUUCAGAGAGAGACCUUAAUGUUUCAACUCUACCAUUAGACGGUGGUUUUCCUCUCCCGGUAUUCAUAGUACCAUUGAGUAAUAAUGGGAGCUUUUUGUAUGUGACUCCUGACGAGUUGAUCAUUAUUACAGUUCAUGAUAUCACUUCUGCUGAGUAUAACUUUAGAAGGCACGAUUUUCCAGGAACCUUUCCUACAAACUUCUACUGUCCAGAGUCUGAAAUUGUGAGUUUUGAUGAUGAGACUGUGGAUGAGGUUUUAGUUUCAACAGAUAACGGCACCGUCUUCUCUGUUAUCGUGGGGAAUGGAUUAGUGUUGUCACUCAAACCGGUCGUUAGAAUCUCAGACCCAAUUUCGUUGUUCUCUUUGGAAGCAAGUGGUGACAGAUUUGAAUUAAUAUAUGGGAGUAGUAUUGGUCUCAACAGAAUGCUAAUGAUAGAAGAGUUAUUGCCUGACUCUUUUGAAUCACCUCCUCCCUAUAGUCUGUCGCUACUUCUCAAGAAUUACAAGAACUGGGCCCCAUUAUUGGAUGUUCAAAUAAUUGAUGCCUACAAGUCCAAAAACACCUUUUUGAACAGCACUCAAGAGCUUUGGUGUUUGUCAGGAAUUGGAAAAAGAGCCAGACUAUCACAAUUGAGGAGUGGCUACUCUAUAACAAGACUAGGUGACGCCUAUCUGAGCUUGAGAAAAGUUGAAUCAAUGAGAUGGCUAGGUGUUCACGAUUCUCUUUACUUGGUAUGCACAUUACCUUUUGAAACCAUGUUGCUAGAGUACCAGCAAGCAGGAGAAUCUGAUGAAGAGGAGCUUGUCGAAGUGAAUGAGGCUUCUAUCAUAACAGACCAACCAACUAUUGCUAUGAAUAUGAUUUCAGAAGAAUUUGCGGUUCAAGUGACUCCUAAGUGCAUCCUUGUGACAUCCCUCGAGACCAUUGUAGCUUCAAGGCUGGUGGAAGAUGGAAUUAUAGUGAUGAGUGACAUUGUGGGUAAUAUUGUAGGAACUGUGUCUCAGAGUCCGACUUCCAAUUCUGUUUACACACUUGAAUUAAUUGAAGUUUCGGAAGAAAUAUUGAAUAUACCUGACGAGGAUUCCAUGUCCCAGGAUAUAGAUGGAAAUGACGGAAGCAUCGACCUCGUAUGUUCGAUUUUGGUUGAUACUCAAGUAUCAUUCAUGAAGCUUUUAGCAAGAGACGACGAACUUUUUGUUCUUGUUGGAGGAUUCGAAGGAACUAUCCAGAUUUUCAAAUUCAAAGAGAAGUCUUUGUUCAAAGUCUUUGAGGAAUCAUUGUUUACUUAUUAUAGAAGAGAAAAUCUACAACUUGAUGGAGCAAGCUUGGUCCCAAGCGAUGCACUUCUUAUAGACGAGCAAACACUUCUUUUGGGAACCAAAGAUGGGCUUCUAUUCUCCUUUUCGAUUACAACCACCAUUGAAUUGGAGUACAAGAAGUUCUUCAAACUUAGUGAUAUUGAAGUGAAGCUCAGCAAAGCGACAGACAACAUCGUCUUGGCUAUUUGUGGAACUAUUUGGUUGGUGGACAUAUCAAAGCCUGCUAUUCCCGAACCCAUUAUAUUUGACGAGAAGAAUGAUAGGCCAGUGAAGUGUUUAUUACCUAUUUAUGAUGAUAGAAGCAGAGGAGUUGAGUUAUCAGUACUAUUGACAAGAGAAGAGGGCCUUUCAUUUGCAACAGUCUCUUUUCUUGAUGGAUCCGUAAUCAGGCAAAUCAAUGUGGGGGAUUCAGCAAAGAAAUUCAUCCAUCUCCCUCAUAUUUCUUUGUUUGCAGUGUUAUCCACCUCACAAGACCGUAAUGGACGAUUAAGGUUCGUCGAUAGGAAGACAUUUAAGUUGCUACCUCAUAUCGAGUACAACUCAAGGAACAAGAAAUAUGAUCGUGGGAACUCGAUGUUCGACGAUGAUGAAACCCCUAUUUGCUGUAAAAUAUGGUCAUUGGAUAAGCUAGGAAGAAUAUCCAAGAAACUCUUAAUUGGAUGUUCAACUCUAGCUGGAACAGGGAGGUUUAAGAUUGUCGAUGUUGGAAAAGUUACUGACCACGACAAUAAGACGUUAGUAAAAGUAUCCCAGUUGAACUGCUUUGAUCAUCCCGAGCCAAUUGUGUGGAUUGAACAAGUUGAUGACCACAUACUAUUUGCCAGUGGGAAGUCUAUGUACUCAACUUCUUACAAUAUCGAGGGGAAAAGACUAAAUCCUGUUUCUUCACUAGUUUCACUCACCAGCGAUAUUAUAUCGAUUUCGGUAAGUACUGAAAAGAUCAUUAGCGUGACUACUAAACUUGAUUCAGUGUUUCAAUUUGAAUUUGAUAUCGAUGCUGCUCGAAAGGAGACCCUUCAGCUUUAUGCUCGUGAUCCUUCCCCCAAGUCUAUUUCUAAUCACGCCGUCUGGGACUCAAAGAUUGUUGUUGGUGACAAAGUUCACUCAAGUGUCAUCAUAAUGGAUAAGAACAAUAAGACUUUGGUUCCUGGUGCCAGAUUCAAGACUUCUGGAGUCCCACGAGUGUUCAUAGGGAACUUUGGGUUGUAUUGGGAUAAUGAUGCUGUAAAUUCGAAGGACGUUAUUUCUAUAACAGUUGAUGGAGAGGUUACCCUUUUCAAGCAGAUAAAUAUCAAUAGCGAACAGUUCCAGAAGCUAAGCCAGAUAAUUCCGUUGCAACGAAAUGGUAAUGGUGAUUUAAAACUUUCUACUGAUAAAUGGGAUACUGCAUUCACAGAUAAAGUUUCGGGGAAAGGAUUUAAGUCAAUCAACAAAUCGUAUUUUAGAAAUAAGGACAAUAAGCAAGGGUUGGUGGACUAUGAUUUGACUGAGAUUUCUAAGGUAUGUCAUUCGUAUAUUUCAUUAUAGUCUGGGAUUCGAAGUACUUAAUAAUAAGAAAUGCCUUAAUAAAUAUAAAAGGUAUUAAAAUGCUAUGUAAUGCUAGGGUCAAUAUUCUUCUGGAGACAGUUUCAGGGGACUGGCUUCUUUGGAGCCUAGAUCAUCAUCAAAAGUUGAUCUCUUCUUCAACCUCUCUUGUCUGUACCUGGAAGCAGCCGAUUGUCUAGUGGGUGUUUCAGCUUCUCCAGCACCUCUAAGCUCUUGCAAUAGGUUUCUUGCUCUGCUUCCAAUAACAUCACCAUUAGUACCAUCAUUUUCCUGUUCUUCUUCUUCAUCCUUGACCUCCAAAUCUUCUUCUGGAAAGCUUGAUUGAAUAGGCGAGAGUAGAUCAUCUUGUGAAGAACUAAGAUCAGGUCUCGAUUGAGUUUUUCGACUGUUCUCUAGUAGAUGUUUUCUCAUUAGUGCUCUCUUUCUGGCAGAGGAUGGCUCUCCCUUAGAAGGACCAGCAGCCUUCAACUUCUCCAACAAUGAAUCCAUAACAUCAUCUUCAUUACUGUCUGCUUCCUUAGGUUUGGUUGGAGUUUUCUUCUGUUGAGCUUCGAGCAACUUCUUACGCUGUUCGUAUAAUUUCAAUUCCUCUUCACGCUUGAGAUUCUCUUGACCUGCUCUCUUGAAGUCGGCUAUGAAGUUUGCAAACUUUGACAUAAACGAGUUUCUGACAAACAGAUCUGAAGGAUCUUCUCCAAAGUAUCUCAUUAACUUGUCAAAUUCCUUGAACGUGUAGUAAGAUUGAUCCUUUAAUAAUUCACUCUUUCUCUUCGCUUUGGGUAGACCAGGAAUAACAACCUUCAAGACUCUAUCUUGAGGAUGGAAUUUCGACACA